UGCUGCAAUGAUUUCUUUUUCUUUUUUGUAUGAUUAGAUGCCCUCUUUUCUUUUCUUUUCUUUCUUUUUCAUACUUGUAUAUUAGUGUACUAUUAUAAUUCUAGAAGUAAUAAAACUGUACUUUUACAAAAAUUCCAAAACCGUGAUCUACAAAUCCAGCAUCUUCAGUUCUGCGAGCAACCUCUCUCCUAAUCCAAUAUUCUAACCCUUCACAAUACUAUAUACCCUUCCUCUAUUUCCUAUAUCGUACGUGUGCACAUGUCCCUCUCCCUCUCCCUCAUCGUCAAGAUGGAUGGAUAGGGCCCCAAUGAUUCCGAGGUUGGUUCCGACUGAUUCCGAAAAUAAGUGGUUCCUGAAUCAAGCAACCACAGGUGACGUGACGACAGUGUUGUCACGCAUAGAAACGUCAUCCAAACAAACGCACAUGGAGAAUUAUUCCAGCCACAGGACCUGAAUUACUAGAUGAUUCAGUCAGUGGAUUGACUCCUGCUGCAUUGCAUGUAAAUCAAUCUGAUUGCUGAAUGACUGCACAUGUGGGCAUCUAUCAGAUAUCGAACGUGUCGUCGUGUCGCUUACAGAGACAAGGAUCAUGGCGGGGAAGGCGCAAUGACGGGCGGCGCGGCUUCCAUGGUUGGACCCCGCCGCAGGAACCUCUCCCACUGUCCAUCCGACUAUACACAUGUACGUUUACCACCUGAACUGUGACUUCACGCCAAAGGCCCAUUUAUCAUGGCGGCUCAGCAUGUGAGCCUCUCAUUGAUUGAACGUCUUCCUGGGGAGGUGCUCGCCCUGAUCGUUGAACAUCUAUCUAUUCCCGACCUCAAACAAAUCGCCCUUGUAUGCAGGACACUUCAAAAACAUGCUACCAAAUCACUCUGGCGUAAUGUUGUCCUGAUGGACAAGUGGACCCUCCACGUCGGCCAUCAGUAUAGCUAUCGAGGGCGGGGGGAAUCCGACGAGCACGAUGAUAGCGACAUUAUAGAGAAACUGUACAUAUUAGCAACAAACCCGGCACUGGCUGCUAAUGUUCGUGUUCUUACCCAUCUUUGUCACCUACCCACUCCCAACAUCUUCAAAGAGCUUCCUCGCCAGAAUUUCCACACCGAUGUCCUAUCCCGAGAGCCCCGUCUUCACUGCCUUCUCGUGCGUGCCAUCGCGAAUAUGGUCAACGUGCACACGCUGAGGAUCAUAUACGGUCAUCAUCACAUAACCAGGAUAUUGUUGAGCGCUUUUCUUCAUCCUAGCCGGCAAAGAAAAGAGAACAAUUUAAGAAAGCUGUGGCUCGAAAGCUGUUCCUUCUCCGAUUUCGAAACCAUCUUCGCUACAGACACAUACACGGCCGGUUUGGAGUCUCUUCACAUUCGAAGAGUACGCGCGACUUCUAUACACCAUGAGGACAGUCACGCAAUGCUUCGCGAAUCCUAUCGACUAUCUCGCGGUCUUGACCAGACAAUCGGGUUGCACAAUGGCGCUGGAGGUUACCUCUUAACCACAGUAGAAUAUCCUGUACAACGAUAUCCGGGAGUCUGGGUCAUGCCAGACACAUAUUUUCUUAACGAGAAAGCGAAGAGCUUUGAUCAAAUCAUGUGGUCCAAUCUUUCAUGCGAUCCAUCGUCGUUGGUUGCUGGAGACCCAACUGUACGGACUGUGCCACUGCAGCCUCCCACUAACCCUAUCAACUUUUUGAUCGCAACAUCUGCGUCUACAUUGACCAGUCUUAAUCUCGACUGGAUUCUGUGGCGUAGGGAGGACUGGGAUGACGACUCGCUGGCUUCCAGCAUUGUCCAUCAACUAUCCCGACAACGCUUCCCGCAUCUGUGCGCUUUUCAGAUCCGGAAUACCGUCGUUCCCGAGGCAAAAUUGCCCGAGUCCGUCUAUCUGCUCGAAGAUACCUUUUUGGAGUUUAUGGAAGCUCACCCCAAGAUUAUUUGCCUGGCAUGGCCACUUGACAAGUUCUACCGAUCUUCCAGGCCGAGCAUCGAAACGAGAGCCCGCACCCGUGCCCUGGUCAAUCAUCUCGGCCGUAUGCUUGUCGAUCUUCGACUUGACACCCACUAUCCCAUGUCGACGGUGACCUCAAUAGUAGACGAGGAUGAAUCCACCGAAGGUCAGAAUAGGAGAAUCUGCCGCCGACGUUUUAUCGUUGAAUUUGCUCCCGAGAUGCGCAAGGUGGAACAGCUCAAGCUCGAGGGUGGGAUUCCACGGGAGGAAAAGCGAGAAAUCAUACGCGCUCUCCAUCACUCGCCUCUGGAGAAGAUCGUCAUGAUCAGCUUGCCUUUUCCUAUUGGUAAUGCGUGGGGCAGCAAUGGAGCGCGUUUGCAGGAACUGGACCCGGACCUAUGGUCGGCUCAAGAAAACCUCAUGAGCCAUCUGGACCAAGACCAUGUUGGUGAGGUUGCAGCUGCAAAUCAGAGGCCGCUAUCACUUCCCCAGAACUUUGAGUUCAUUCCAGACUACAGCUGGGAGUCGGCGCCCUCGUUUCUCCAUACAAUUGGUCAGCAUCACGCGUCGACUGUUCGAGAGCUCAAGCUUUGCGGUUACCACGGUGCCCCCAUAUUGUCCAAUAUGAUGUCGAUUGCGCAUCAUCUUUUGGAGCCGUUGCAACACUUUGACAACCUUGAGACCCUAGUAAUCAGCCUCUUGCUCCUAACUUAUUUUGAAGAGGGCCACCGCGACUCCGAGAUAAUACAAUCUUGGAAGGAUACUCGGUCUCCCGAUUCCACCGCGCUUGUCGUCGUGACACCCCCCGUCUCUCCACCUCUGCAGUCGCCCGUCAUGCCAGCAUCCUUUGUUUUUGACGACGAGCUCCACGGGGACGCCACGCCUCCUCGUGUCCCGGGCUUCAACCGCUGGGACGUCGAACUCAAAACCAAAUUCACCCCUUCAGCCCUCGCCUAUCGCGUCGCCGCAGAUAUCGCACCACAUCUAAGUUCCAUUGCAAAAGAACGAGGCGUCCGAGUGCGGGCGAGCUUCAGUCUCGGCGUCAGGGACCACGUGGAACCUGUCAACGAUAUUUUCGACCUGGAUAUUCGCAUUGGAGCUAAUGAUGAGGUGCUUGAGUUUGUCGGGCCUAGAGAGGAGACGGAGAAGGGGAGAUUUUGGGAUAAGCUGGAGGCUAGGAGGUGGUUUUGA